AUGAGAUAGGCAGAAGUUGAAUAGGUCAAGAAAUUUUAAUUUUUUAAUUAAGAAAACAUUCAAGAUCAGAGAGCUAAGUACCCAAUCAUUUAUCUAAUUAUAUUAGUGGUGACCCUACAGCCCCAACCUUAAAUGACAUUGGAAUAUCUGAUGGAUGCGGAAUUGGCACCAAACUAUUCCUCUCAUCUCAAUCCAAAAAUCUUAUCUAUGUGUAUGAAGCCAAUUCCAUUCAAGGAUACUUCCAACCUCACAAUGAAUCCUUCAGAGUUAUGAAAUGCACUAAAGAAACUAGAGAAGUAAUAAUUAAUAAUUCAUGUAUUUUAAUAGGGAAAGCUAGUCACCUUUGGUAUAGAUAGUGAAAACAACUAAAAAAGCAGCUAUGUCAAAUUUUGGGAUCCAAACACAACCGACUAUCAAAAUAUGAGUAAAUUUAUUAUAAUAAAUUCCUAGAACCUAUUAAAGUUAUCUUAGUUAAUAAGGUUGGUUAACCAUUGCAGAAUUUCAAUUGCUUUUGUAUUGCUAAGGACUUAAGUGCUAUGGCCUUUGGUUUGCAAGAUGGCUAAAUCUUGAUCUUCAAGGCCAAAUCAUAGAAUCUAAUGACCAUGGAAUUCAAAGAUUAAAUCAUUUAAACUGACUAAGAACCAAUCAAAUCUGUCCAUCUCAGCAGGCAUGAACAAAAUCUCAAUUUGUUUUGCACUACUGACUCAAACAUCAUUUGUUUUCAGAAUAUGCAAAAUAGAAAGAAGUUCUCCAUUCCAGCUGGAGCUCUAUUUGAUUUGACAGCCAAAGGGACUCUGAUCGGAUGUCCAAAGGAUGACACAUCUACCAUAGUUGAAUAUAGUGACACUAAAAAGGAAGCUACCUGGAAUGUAGACGGAGAUAAAAUCGAAAUUAGAUUUUUCAAAUAAAAUUACUUAAUUAUGUUGAUCUCACCAAGAUAAGACAAAGAAUAGGUUGAUUAAUCUGUGUAAUUGACUAUCUUUGACCUUCUAAACAAUUAUAUUGCUUAUUAUAAGAAAUUUGAUAAGAUUUAAAGAUUUAUCCCAAUUGGCGAUUAUCUCUAUGUUAUUACACAAAACAAUAGAGGUGAGAAAAACUUGAUAAGAUUAACAGAAAAAGAAAAUACUCAUAAAAUUGAGAUCUUCUUUAAAAAUAACUAUUUCGAUGUUAUGUAUAGAUUCGCUAGCAACUAAUCAUCAGAUAAGACUCUAUUAGCUGAAAUCAGUAGACUGCAUGGCGAUCAUUUAUAUGAUUAACACGAUUUUCAAGGUGCAAUCAAAUAAUAUAUCAAUACUGCAGGCAUUCUAGAACCCUCGUAUGUAAUUGGGAAGUUCUUAGAUGUUUCACAUGUUGACUUCUUGAUUUAGUAUUUAGCAGCAUUGCAUCACGAAAAGUAAGCAGACAAAAACCAUACUGCCUUGUUGUUGAAUUGCUAUGUCAAACAGAAAUAGAUCACUAAACUUGAAGAAUUUCUUAAGGAAUCUAGUUUCGAUUCAGAUCUAUUUGAUAUUGAUACUGCUAUCAAAGAAUGCAGAUAACUAGGACACAUAGAUUUGGCUCUCAGAUUAGCUAAGUCUAGAUAAAAAAAUGAAGCAUAUCUGAGUAUCCUCAUUGAGACAAAUAAAGAUUAGAAUAAUAAGGAAUAGAAUAGGUAAGAUUGCAAGAGUGCUUUGAUGUAUAUAAGAGAAGAAAUCUAAUUGGAUGAAAAAGUAAUAAUAAUUACAACUAGAUUAGGCUUAAUAUUUGAAAGAAUUUGGACAAUAAUUAAUGAAGGCUGAACCAGAAUUAUGUCUUGAAAUUAUCCAAAAUUUAGUUUUACUCAUUAGUAUGGUGUAAAAUUUGAAAAAAAGGGUAGAUUCUCAAAAAGGAAUUGAAUCAAUUAGUAUUUUGACUCCUGAGGAAUUGAAAGUAUGGAGAUAUUUCAAUUUAUCAGAUGAAGAGAUCAAGAAGGUAUUCUCUAUAACAUUUGGUAAACCAGAUGAAUUUUUACACUUAUUUGUGGUUAACGAUGAAUAUUUAGAAAGCUAUUUGAAAUUCUUAAUAGAAAAUUGCAAAACAUUGCCAAAUGAAAAAGCCAUAUUCCAUAGAUACUUUGAAUAUCAUUUAGAGAAAUAUUAAUUAUUUUAUAAAGAUGAGAGUAGGAUUGGAAUUAGAGAUACAUAAUUGUAGAGCAAAGAAUAAGGCAUUAUGAAAUUGUUGGAGAAUCAGGAAAAUGAAAAGAAAUAUGAUAAGAAUCACUUAUUAGUAUUGUUUAAAAUGUACAAUUUUGUUCCAGGCAUUAUUUUCCUAUUGAAGAAGUUACAAAUGAGAGAGGAGCUAUUAAAUUUCUAUAUUAGUUUGAAGGAGAACGAUUAAAUAAUUACUUUAUGCAGUGAGUAUGGUAGAGAAGAAACAAAUCUUUGGAUAUAAGCAUUAAAGUAUUUUGCAAAGCCAGAGAACGGUGCUGAGAAUUACAUAGAAAAGGUUCUCGUUUUAGUGAGUAGUUUAGAAAAUCUUUCGCCUUUGCUUAUUUUAAACAUCUUGUCUAAAAAUAAAAAUGUUAAUUUUAAAUUAGUCAAGAAUUAUUUCACUAAUAAAAUAUCAAAGGAUAAAAAACAAAUUGAUGACUGUUAAAAGGUUGUUAAAGAGAAAAUGAAGAAAGCAGCAGAUUUGAGAGCAGAAUACAAGAAAUUAAAGACUUAAGCUAAGGUAUUCCAAUCCACUAAAUGUAAUUGUUGUGAUGCCAUUUUGAGUUUACCUUCUUAUCAUUUUCUUUGUGGCCAUUCCUAUCAUGAACAUUGCAUUCAUACGUAAGAUAAAAUAUUAUCUCCUUAGUGAAAGAGCCUGUCUCCUUUGUCCAUAAGACACCUAGAUGUUUUUCAAACGAAAAUAAGAAUUUAUUGAAGCAUCGAAGGAAACAAAACCAUUCAAAGAAAAACUAUAUGCAUCAGCAGAUAAAUUUGAUAUUAUAUGUGAGUAUCUAGGAUAGGGUAUAAUUUCGAAUCAGAAAGCUGAUUGAAUCAAUAUAAUUGUAUGUCAAAAUAUUAUAUAUGAAAAACAAAUCCGC